AUGGUGACAAAUUUAGGGUAUAUUCCUGGUGGUCGCUAUCCUCUUUUGGCUUCAGCACACAUGACUAUCCUCACCGCCAAAGUCGCCGGCGUUCAACAUGUAAUAGGAGCCACACCACCAAUCGCUGGCCAAAUACCAAAUGCCACCGUCGCAACGAUGCAUCUUGCCGGUGUUGAUGAAAUAUACAUUCUUGGUGGUGUUCAAGCCGUUGCAGCCCUUGCCAUUGGAACCGAGACGAUCCGCAAGGUUGACUUUCUCGCUGGCCCUGGGAAUGCUUUUGUGGCAGAAGGUAAGAGGCAGUUGUUCGGAGAUAUCGGCAUCGACCUCUUUGCUGGGCCAACCGAAAUUCUUAUCAUCACCGAUGAAACGGCUGAUCCUUUCACCGUUGCAACUGACAUCCUGUCUCAAGCCGAACAUGGUCCGGACUCACCUGCAGUCAUCAUAACGACUUCCGAGGAAGUAGGGAUGAAGUCAAUGGAGAUUAUUGAUGAACUACUUAAGGAGUUGCCGACUGCGCAACUAGCGGGGGCAUCAUGGAAAGCGUUUGGAGAAGUGGUUGUAGUGAACUCGCUAGAUGAGGCAUGGAAACUGGGUGACGAAUAUGCGAGUGAGCAUGUUCAAAUCUUCACCAAAGAUCCAAGAGAGGCGUUGGAGAAAAUGACGGCGUAUGGAGCCUUGUUCUUAGGCGAGAAGACGUGUGUGUCCUACGGUGACAAGGUAUGUCCACUGCCACGUGGAUGA